AACACUUCUUAUUGACUGAGAGCGCAACAGAAUCAAGCACUUUUUUUUAUCCAAGUAGCGGUGUAGACUGAUGGUAUGAACCAUCACAACUUAUUUUAGGAGAUACUUUUAUUAGUUUCGCUCCUCAUGAAACUUGACUCAACAGGCAGUUGCAGAAAGUGAGUUGAUGCCACAAGAGGCUCGACUGUCUCCGCUCAGGAUGAACGGAACGUUUUUUAAUCACACGGUGUUUACGCACGGCGUUCUGCUCAACCGCAGUCAAGAACUGAUGGGGACACUAGUUGAUUGCUGCACGGGGAACGGGAGCGAGGUGACCGCAAACGACGGCGGCGGGUCUUUAGUUCUCGCUCAGGACGAGCGCAAGCUGUUCGUUACGCGCGUGGUGCAGAUCGCGGUGCUGUGCGUUCUUUCGCUCACGGUGAUGUUCGGGAUCUUCUUUCUCGGUUGCAACCUCAUGAUCAAGUCCGAAAGUAUGAUCAACUUCCUGGUCAAGGACCGGAGACCAUCCAAAGACGUGGAGGCGGUGAUGAUCGGACUGAGCUAG